AUGGAAUUAGAAAAUAGUUUAUUAUGUAAACAUAACCUUCAAGCUUUGAAAAUUAUAAAUGAUUCUAAUAUCAAUACAACAUAAAGAUUAUUAUGUCAUCAAUGUUUAAAAGAACAUUAAAAUAAAUCUCAAUUAUCUUAAUUAAUGGAUAUAUCUAUAGCCAUUUCUUAAGUUAAUAAGAGUUAAAGUUAUACUUCAAAAUAUACUAAUUAACUUAUUUAUCAAAGUAUUACACAUUUAAAUGCAUUCAUCAUUAAAUUUAAAUUGUUACAAACUGAAAUCUAAGAGGCUUGUUAAUAAAUCAAUUUAAUAGCACUUUAAUGGCUAUAAGAUUUAUAAUUACAAUAAAAUAAGUUAUUUAUUGAGAGAUUUGAUUAAUCAUUCAAUAACCAGUAAAGUAUUAAUGAUAAUGAUUUAAAUGAUGUAAAUUAUAAAUUCUUAAGUAUCACUGCUUAAUAUUUACCUGAUUUGAAUUCUCUAAUUAAUCCAUUUAUUAGUUUUCAACAAUUUAAUUCUUGUUAAUAGAUACUACUCUAAUUAUCAAAAGUUAAUAUUGAAGAUGCUAUUUAAUAAUUAUAUGUUGAAUAUCAAUGCAAAACUCUAAUUGAAAAAAAAGAAAUAAUUUAAUAAAAUAGUAUUUGUGAUUAAGAAUUCAUCAACAUUUAAGAUAUGAUAGUUCAUUUUUAAGAAUAAAACAAAGGAAUAUAGUUAGAAAUAAUAGAGCAAUUAUAAUCCUUAAUUGGAGUAAGACAAAAACUAUCAUAAUCUAUACAUAAUUUAGAAUUAGAAUUAAAUCAUAAUAUAUUCUAACAAUAUGGAAAUUAUUUUUAGAUUGUUCAAAAUUAGAAUUUGUUGAUAAAUCAAGGUUGUAUGGAUAAAUUUAAUGAAAUACUAAAUAAAACACAAAAAGAUUAAAUGAUUAUAAUGAAAGAAUAGUUUAAAAGUAAACUUAAAAAUUGUGUUCAAGAUGUAUUAACAAAUCAUUUAAAAGAUUUAUAAAAAUUAAUUGUUUAAGAAUAAAAACUUAAUAAUUUCAUUUCUCUUAAAUAAAUUAUCUCUUAAAUCAAAUAAAAUUAAUAUUGUUAUGCCAUAUAAUUUAAUAAGGAUACUACAAUCAUGAUUUCAACAAGUAGUAAAUAAAUAAAAGUUUGGGAAUUUAAUAAAGGGUAAUUAAUAUUGAGAAAUAAUUUAUAAAAGCAUAUUGAUGAUGUUACAUGUCUACUAUAUAGCAAUUAUUUAAAUUCAUUUAUAUCAGGUUGUGGAAAUGAUGAUGGUUCAAUAGUAUGUUGGCAAAUGGGGAAUAAUUAUGAAUGGAAAUCAUCAUAACCAUUUUAAUAGCAUAAAUUAGGUCUAAGAUGUAUGAUUAUGAAUCAUGAAGAGAAUCAAUUAAUAACUGGUAGUCUAGAUAAAACUAUUAUUAUUUGGAAAUUAGAUUUUAAACAAAAUAACUUAGUUUAUCAAUACACUUUAUAAAAACAUCAAAAUAAACUAUUAAGUUUAAGUAUAAAUGAUUCUGAAACAUGUUUUGUAUCAUGUAGUGAAGAUUAAUCAAUAAUAAUUUGGAUUAAAUAGUAAAAUAUUUGGAAGUUUAAACAAAUUUUAUAAUAAUCAAUAUAUGAUAUUGGUAGAUAAAUUAAAUUCUUAAGUGAUACAUAAUUUAUAUGGUUAUAAUAAAAUUAAGGAAUACUACAUUUUUUUGAAGGCUAAAAUUUUCAGUUUGAAGAAAUAAUUGAAAAAUAAUUAAUUUUAAAUAAUUAAAAGUAAGAUUGGAAUCUAUUUCCAAUUAUAUAUAAUAAACUAAAAAACAUAAUAGUUAUAAGAUAUAAUUCAACUGUGUUCAUUCUACGAAUAUAAUAAAAUGGAUAUCUAAAAAUAAUGGCUGAUCCUAUUUAAUGUUAAUCUGAGUUUAUUUAUGGUUCUCUCUCUAAAGAUGGCUAAUAUAUUGUUCUUUGGGAUAUGGUUUCAAAACAAUAUAAUAUUUAUGAAAUUCUAGAUUGA